UGAUUUUCCAAAACAGACCAAACGCAAGCUGUCUCGUCCGAAUGAGUCCUAGAAACAUGGAUUGGGCCACAAUGCAUUCGUCACUUUCCCCGGUCAACGCAGCCAAAAUACUCCGGUGGAAGAAGUCUUCUCUCUGGCCACAUUGCCACUGGGACAGAUACCGAUAAACGCCGCCGUCUCAACCAAAAUAAUAUGUACCAAGAGAGAAAUAGUAAACCCUUCCCAUUUCUCUCCACUCGCUUUCGUAAAAGCUCUGGCUCCGCUACCGUCAUGCCACCCUCAUCAUCCACCACCACCACCUCCACCAACAAGGCCCUAAUUCUACGCCCUUCACGCCUCAAAGAUAUUCUCUUAGUUUUCUCCCUCCUCUUAAUCCUCCACCUCCUCUUUCGCGCUCCACCUCCACCAUCUUCCGUCCAACGCGCCGCCACUAUCGGAGCUUUAACCUCGAGUCCCACCACGCGUAGUCAUCUCCUCUUCUCCAUUGCCUCCUCCACCUCCUCCUUUCCUCGCCGCGCGUCCUACCUCCGCCUCUGGUACAAUCCCAACUCUACUCGCGCAUUUACCUUCCUUGACGUUAACGCAUCCCUUUCUGUUGAUCCCACCCUUCCUCCCGUGAUCCUAUCCAAAGACACCUCUCGUUUCCCCUACACCUUCAAGGGCGGUCUAAGGUCGGCGAUUCGGCUGGCGCGGUUGGUGAAAGAGGCGGUGGACCUCGAUCAAUCAAAUGUGCGGUGGUUUGUGUUCGGAGACGAUGACACGGUGUUUUUCGUGGAAAAUUUGGUGAAAACGUUGUCCAAGUAUGACCAUAAUAAAUGGUAUUAUAUAGGGAGCAAUUCAGAGAGUUAUGAGCAGAAUUUGAAGUAUUCAUUUGAUAUGGCCUUUGGAGGUGGAGGUUUCGCGAUAAGUUAUUCACUUGGUAGGGUUUUGGCUAGGGUUUUGGAUUCGUGUUUGGUGCGAUAUGCCCAUUUGUACGGGAGUGAUGCCAGGGUUUUCUCUUGCUUGGCAGAGUUGGGUGUUGGGUUGACUCAUGAACCAGGGUUCCAUCAGGUUGAUUUGCGGGGCAAUUUGUUUGGCUUGCUUUCUGCACAUCCAUUGUCACCAUUGGUGUCUCUUCAUCAUUUAGAUGCUGCAGACCCACUCUUUCCUUAUACAAGCAAGGCUCAAGCUGCAGAACACCUUUUUGAAGCUGCAAAUGUUGAUCCUGUCAGGAUCUUGCAGCAAACAGUUUGCUAUGACCGUACAAGUUCAUUGACUGUUUCAGUUGCAUGGGGUUAUUCUGUUCAGGUGUUUGAAGGCAAUGAGCUUCUUCCAGAUAUACUUUCUCUACAGAGGACCUUUAGACCAUGGAGGAGAAGUGCAAAUAUUGAAUCCAGUCAUUAUAUGUUUAAUAUGAGAGAAUAUCCUAGGCAUCCAUGUAAAAGACCUCUUGUAUUCUUUAUGGAGAAUGUUACAUUUGGUGAUGGUGGUAUUUGGAGCACUUACACCAAGGACGAUAUUGGCAGUUGCUCCAGAGCUAAAGCUAUAAAGAAUCUGGAGCAUGUAAGAGUAUUUUCCCAGAAACUAGAACCUGAUAUUGGACAGAUUAAGGCUCUGCGUCGACAAUGUUGUGACAUUUCUCCCUCAUUUAAUGAAUCAAUGGUCAUUAGCAUUAGGCAAUGUGGCACAGAUGAAUUAAUUUCUAUGCAUUUCUAGUCUUUCUUGGGGAAUGACUGCUGUACAGAAAUGCCAUUAACGAGAAAACUCUCAGAGUUUGAAUUUUUGAUCCUUGGUAAAGUCUCUUUACUUAAGAAUGGUCUUUGGACUCUCUCUUGCUCUCCCCCCUUCUCUCCUGUUUCUUCUUCUUAUUCAUCUUCUUCAUGUUGUAGUUGUUUAGGAAAGAAUGACUUGUGAUUGACCACUUGAUGCUGCCAAUGGAUUCAAGAAAAUUCAUUGUGAAAUACGUGAGAAGCUUAAGAUUAUAGUCCACUUCUAAUGUAGAGUUCGGGGGAAUUAUAAUUGUUAUGUAUCUAUAUAAAUAAUAUUAGUUGUUGGUUCUUUAUUUAAGUCAUAUGGAUAAUUUUGUAAUUUCAGAAUUUUUAUGGAAAUAUUUAAAUUUUUAUUCUUUAUA